AUGCAGUCCAUGAACAUGAGGCCCCAGGUUUUUCCUGUGGGCGAUCAGUUCUUCCCGCAGCACCAGCAGAGUGAACAACAACCAGGGUUGAGAAUGAAUGCUCCGCAGUUAUUUUCACCACAAAUGAAACAAGCUAGGUUGUAUCCUCAGCAACCCGGAAUGAUGCAAAGUAUGCCUGGAAUGACGAAUCCCGACUUGGCCAAUUCCUUCCAUUUGAAACAGAAGCUCGACCCUGUGCUGGGACAGGCCCAGCCAUCGAUGCAGCAGCAUCAACCUCAGCCAACUCAGCAACAAGCAUUCAAUGUUACAAACCCAGCCUUACCUGCCAAUGGUCCUCCUGGAAUCAAUGCUAUGCUUCAGGGCACACUAGGGAUGAAUCGCCCGGGAAACACUACAAUCCCCAAACACGCUGGAGCCACUGCAGGCACACCAGUGGUAUUAACUCCCCUCAAUCAUCUAUUCAUCCGAGAGGUAUGGCAAAACAACCUGCAUGCGGAAUUUGCAGCCAUAAGGAAGUUAAUAACGCAAUAUAACCACGUCUCAAUCAGCACAGAGUUUGUUGGGACUAUAGCUCGGCCGAUUGGUAGCUUUAGGUCUAAAACAGACUAUCAUUAUCAAACAAUGAGAUCCAACGUUGAUUUUUUGAAUCCAAUACAGAUUGGCCUAUCACUGAGCGAUUCUAACGGUAACAAACCGGAAACUGGGCCUUCCACUUGGCAAUUUAAUUUUCAUUUUGACGAGAAGAAGGAAAUGAUGUCAUCAGAGUCACUUGAACUACUUCAAAAAUCAGGAAUUAAUUUCCAGAAUCACCAAAUAAACGGGAUCGAUCCCCUUGAGUUUGCACAACUGAUGAUCGAUUCGGGUUUACUCUUAGAAAGUUCAGUUACAUGGAUAACAUACCAUGCAGCAUAUGAUUUCGGGUUCCUCAUCAAUAUUCUCAUGAACGAUAGCAUGCCAAAUAAUAGAGAAGAUUUCGAAUGGUGGGUCCAUAAAUUUAUCCCUAACUUCUACGAUUUAAACCUUAUUUGCAAAGUGAUGCAAGACUACAAACAGCAGCAACAACAACAACAGCAGAGACAGUAUUCUCUAGCAUCUCUAGCUGAAGAACUAGGAAUCCCCAGAUACUCUGUAUUCAUGACUACAGGUGGAGAAAGUUUACUCACUGCGCUAGGUUUUUUCCAAUUGAAUAAAUCCUCAAUGAGCAAGAUGCCAAAUGGAACCAUUUUUGCAAGCUAUAGAAACCUUAUCUACGGAAUUAAUGGAGAAUGA